UUUUUUUUUUUAAUUUUGUGAAGACGUGUGCACUUAAUCAAGCAGCUGGAUAUACCCUCCUUGUGCGUAAACUUGGAAAACUUAAGGAACGAUUUUUCGCUGUGGAUGUGAGAGCUUGGAUGCGGCUAAAGAAAACUCUUCAACAGGGUCAAAAUGUACGUGUAAGCACCCAGCAACAGGAGGAACGUGACACCUUCCAAGAUAUUCUUCGAGACAGCAUUAUGUAUUAGAAAGUUAGUUCCAUUCAAUUCUUACGAGGGCAGGUGCAACUGGAGUCAGCAAUCACAAGAAGACAAAAAGUGUCCGAGGCUGAGGGCUGGAAAGAUCUGCGAGCAGAAGAAUUCAGACCUGCCACAAAAAAGUGCAGCUUCUGUGGCUGCGCAAAGAUUAUCUGGUUUCCUGAUUGUAGUCCUUGAAGCCUAUAUGGCAAAUCAUGUGAUGAAAAGAUCCAUUGUUUGGUGAUGUAUCAUCAGACAUACAGUUGGAAAGAAGAUGCAUCAUUGUUUCUACCUGUGAAAAGAGAAGCAACCAUUUUGUGUGAGCACCAGUGUGACAAGCUCUACUACCGUCAGAUUAGAGUUUUUGAUGCACAAGGCAGAGAUCACAUCAGGAAAGUACAGUUCUGUGAAUGUGAGCCAGAAGCAGUAACACUAAUAAGAAAUGGCUUAUGGCCAGCAACACCAAAGAAGCCAGAGACUGCAUUUUGCAUGAAAGUGAUGGAGCAAUGCAGAAUGCUACAGCUAGAAGGACAAAUUUCUGUCCAGAAAUGUUGCAUGGCAUUGGAGCAGAGGACAACUUUUCUACAUAGUCACAGCAGGGACUACAGAAACAUGUACAAGGCACUGGGUAAACAUGCUAUCAUAUUUUGUCACAGCAUGACUACAGCAACAUGUACAAGACACUUGCUAAACAUAUCGUCAUAUGUUGUCCAAUAAGUCUAACUUUCAAGAAACUCCUCAUGGUAUAUUGCUUAAUGACUCCAUAGAGAACUGUAUCAGUGCCACUAGACCUGUAGUCAAGUAGUGCGACAGUUUCAUUUUAUGGAUGUAAAUAUAUUUUAAUUAUAAGUGUUAUAAGCCAAUAAUUUCAGUUUACAUUAUUUGGAAACUAUGGAAAGAAUACGUGGAUUGUGAAAAUGGUAUUUUAUGUGUUUGUUUAAUGGUUUGUUGUGGGUAACACAAUUAUAGAAUUUCACCAUCAUCAGGUGUUAUGUCUUGAGACAGCUCAUGCCCAAGACUUCCUGGGCAAGAAGUGCCCAAUAUGUAGUCUGAUAUGUUGUAUGGGUUAAGGAUUAGGCAUUUUAAGAAAUAUUUAAACACAGUUGCUGUAUUCUGCAAAUAAAAACACCCACAAAAGUUUAUUACACUUGAUUUGUACAUAAUAUUUUCACAUGGUUGCAAUUUAAGUUUUUGAAAAUAUACCUAAUCUGUGCACAUCAGUUUCCCCAACGUUUUGAUAUAAAGAGAAUUUAUCAACAUUGUCUAAUGCCUACUGAUAAUUAGGAGGUCUUUCAAAAACAUAUCUUCUAUUUCAUGAGGAAUUAAUAGAUGUGAUUAGUGAUCUUCACUCAGAUAUCGAUUCGGAAUCUGGUUGUUGAGCUAUUACUUUCUUUAGUCAGUUUACUGAAGUGGACAAUUGAUAUGUUUAUUGAAAAUAUAAAGGUAUUUAAUGGAUGAUAGCAUGUUUAUUUUGUUUCAAAGCAUUGCUACAACCAACAUCAACAAAGGCUUUAUGAAUUCAUUGCUACAUUUUUGAACCAAGAACGGUCUAACCUUAUAAUUCUUUUUUUUUAGCAAUGUUAUUUUUUUAUAGAAUACAUACAAGCCACAUUCACACCGUGCAUCCAGUUGCUUUCACCCAGAGAAACAAGCCGUUUAAUAUAUUUUAUAUGCCACUCUGGAGCAAGGCACGAGCUUAUUCUUAAGUAUAUUGCUGUGGCACAAUAUAUGUCUAGAGACUAUCAUUUGAGAAAAGAAUUGUGCAUAACAGUAUACUGCCUUCUCGUAGCUCAUUCUCCUAAAAGUUUGAAGUGAUGGUAGUAAAUAAAACAGGGAAACAAACACAGUUUUUGCUUUGAGGAAAAUUAAGUGAAAAGAAUUUUCACUCGUAUAUCAUGUUAUUUACUUACAACAUAUUCUUACUAAGGAUGUUAUAUAAAACAGUAUGCUUUGUUAUAAAUCUUGAGAACUCUAUUUUUGUGUUCUGCAAUGGUGGUUACCUGUCAAAGAGGGAGAAAUGGCACAUGGAAAAGGACAUAGUCAAAUGUAUAAAUAUGUACGAAUAUCUAGCUGUGAUUGCUUUCAACAUUACUAUCUGUUUGUUGUGCUAUUGUGGAUGUUGCAUGGAGUGCCCCAAAAAAGUCAUUGGUAUAACCAUGUUUUUGGCACAUGGUGUGCAUUCACCACUAUUUUCACGUUUGUUCACAUUUCUUGCAUUUUGUGAUCAUUCAAAGUGACAUUGCUACUAUCCUGUCAUGUCCCUUUUGUCCAGGUGUUGUAGAGUCGGUAAUACAUGUUAUGUUCUUAUGAUAAAGAUACAGGGUAGUAAGAAAGAAAUGUAAACAAUAAAUUGUUUCUUUCCCCGUAUUUUGCAUCUAGCAGGGAGACUUCUGUGGUCAGACAAACACUAUCCCUGUAAAUCCACCGCUUGACCUAGCACGAAUAGCUAUUUUACUGUACUUCAUUAAAGUGUAUGUUCAAUAAAUUGAAAAGGGCUUGAAAAACGA